UGAUAAUGUUUUGAUUUUGAAAUUCGCGCUCUUGGUUUUAUCUCGGACAUGAUGGCGGACAUCUUUGUCACUAUCUGUCAUGUGUGUGAAAAUCCUAGUCAAUAAUAGUGAAAAUGUUCAUUUUUUAUGUUUGAUAUAAACAUAUUCUUAUAAAAUUAUUUUAUGUUGACAAUUUUAAAGUAAGAAUUGUUUUAAUUCAAAUGUUGACUUCAGGAUUUCUUCGGAGAGAGGAAGAUAUCUUGUUAAAAGGCCUCAAAGCUACAUUACUAAAAAAAAAUCUGGGGCACAAUGCAGAAGCUCUGUCUGGAUUCAUUUAUUGUAGUGAUGAAUGUAUCAUCAAAUGAUUUCAUGAUAAUAGAAAUUCAGAAUAAUUUUAUGAUGUCAUUUGUGAAAAAAAAUACUGGCAUUAUCAAAGUUAUGAAUGCAUUAAAUUCAUAAUGAUUUGGAAUUUUUAUUAACAAGGAUUUAUAGUAAGCAAAUCCACUAAUUCUAAAAGAGGAAUGCAUUUACAUAGUAUUAUAAUAUUCUGGCUUGUUCAAUUAUCAGUUUUUUCUGGUUCUGAUAUGCCCAGGAAUAAAAGAUCUGUGUUUGUAUUGAAAUCAAAUAUCACAAAGUCAUCUACUAAUUCUACUAUAUCAUGGCCAAAAGUUGAAAAUCCCUCAAAUAAGCCUAGAUUUUUAAGUACUCUCAACACAAACUUGAAUUUUGAUGCAAGUGAUUACCAAUGUUCUUCUAAUACAUCUCACAGUUGUUCUCAUAAAACAGCAAGUCAUAAGACCAAAAUUCUGAAUGAAUUUCGUAGAAUAUUGAAUCAAAAUUUGUUAUCAUCUUCCGUUCAAUCGGAUGAUUUUUCAGCUAAUCCUUAUAAUGUCAAUCAUGAAAUAGAUUUAAAAAAUUAUUUAAAUCAGACAAAAAGUCAGUUGAUCUGUGCUUUAAAAGAGGUUGCAAUUGAUACCAUUAUUCCAAAAGAUAUUCCUUCAGACAAAUUGAAUAUACAUAAAUGGGUGCCCAAAAACAAUAUAUUUGAGACAAAAACUUUUAAUACUUGCGCCAUAGUUGCAAGUGCAGGAUCAUUAAUUGGAUCAGGCUUAGGCAAUUUCAUAGAUGACCAUGAAGUAGUUUUGCGAUUCAAUCAUGCACCAGUUACCGGUUAUGAGAGAGAUGUGGGAAGAAAGACCACAUUCAGAAUUUUAAAUUCACAGGUGAUGACUCAGGAGCGCUAUUCAUUUGUUAAUUCCUCUCUAUAUCGAGGGCAAAUGGUUUUAUUGGGAUGGGACCCAUCUCCCAUGGGAUCAACUCUUGCACAUUGGUUUGCCAAACCGGAGCAUGACCUGUUUUCAGCAUAUGAAAAUUACAUGAGGUACAGCGAUAAUGAAAGGGCAAAUGAACACCCAACUAGCUACUAUAACUUUUUUUUGCUGAAUCCAUCUUCUUUAUGGAAUUUGUGGAAGUUUUUACAAAGACGAGUACAAAAACCAUUGCCUAAACAUCCACCAACGUCAGGAUUUCUUGGAAUUGCAUUGCUUAUUCAAAGGUGUCAUCUAUUACAUGUAUUUGAGUACAUACCAUCAACUAGAUUGUCUGCACGUUGUCAUUAUUUUGAUGAACGAACAAAUCCAGCAUGUACAUUUGGAUCCUGGCAUCCUCUUGCUGCUGAAAAAUUUAUUGCCUGGAGUAUGAAUGUUGCCGAUGAUUAUACUGUUUUCCAGAAAGGUUAUAUAGAGUUGAAUUCUGAUGUAAAAUGUUGAAGCACAAGUGAGAUCAAUUCAAUAAUACAAUAAAUCAAAUACAAUACAUUGUCAAGA